AUGGCUUAUAACAAUAUUUACCGUUAUGGAGACGGCUAUACUACGAGCUAUUCCAGUAGUUACUACGCUUAUCAAGUAGGUAUAAUAUUUGCGAUAGUAAUUGCCGGUAUUCUAUUUUUCGGAAUAUGUGCGGCAGUCAUUUAUUUCGGAUUUGUUAAAAGGAUGAGAAGAAGUAAAAAACAAAGACAUACAAGCAAUAGUACUGUAUCCAGAACAACCAGCAUUUUACGAGCACCAACUAUUACCUAUACAUCAUUGAAGAAUGAAAAAGCACCAUUUCCACAUCAACAACCGCGUAGCGCUUACUCUCCUAGUCUUGAAACACCCAUUCUGCAAUCAUCCAUGCAUACUCAGCCUGCAUACGUACCGCCACCACCCAUGUAUGCCAUCCAACCGGAUUAUCCGCAAUCUCAGAGACAACAAAGGAACUGUCCACGUCCAGAGACAUCCGGAAAUAUUCACCCUCGUCAGAAUUACACUACUUGGAAAGACGCAGCAACCGGACCGCAACAAAAUAUCAUGUCGGAACAACAUCCUUUUUCAUUCCAUACGUCUUCCGUUUAA